UAAUCAUUAUACAAAUUUAAAUAUUACAACAACACUAAUAAUCUAGUAAAUUUGCUAUGGAAUUUUUAAAAAUAUUGUCCAAACAAUUUUUGUGUAACCGAAGAUGGAGUAUUACGAAAAUAAAUUUUAUGGAAUAAUGUGGUAUUUUGCUUGUAGAUUAAGAUUUAAUUAUGUAUUUCUAUUUAUAAUUUUAUAUUUUAGUGUACGAUUUUAUUAAUUAAUAUUACUGUAAUAUUUUUUAUAUAUGUGUUAGUUAUUUAUAAAAAUAUUAUGUAUUUAUAUUAAUUAUGACAAGUAUUUUGUGAUAGAUAUUUUCAUUCUAUUUAAGAUUUCUAUAGAUUUUGUGAUAUAUAAUUAUCACAUAUUUUUAAGAUUUGAAAUUAAAUUUGAAGUUUUGCUUUUAGAGAAAAACAUCUUGAAAUUUCAAUUAUAUAACUUUUGCAAACUCUACAAUAUAUAGGUUUUUUUUGUAAAUGCUUUUUAGGCGACAAUAUUUCAGACCUUAUUUUUUCGCUUUUUUGGUCUAGUUCGAUUUGGAAGCACAUAGGUUUGAAAUAACAUACUUGUUCAUCAAAAUUAUUCACAAGAUCUUUAGAAAUCUUUACUUCGAUUUGGAAGCACAUGGGUUUUGAAAUAACAUACUUUUUCAGACCUAAUUUUUUAUAUUUUCUUACAAUAAUUAUUAUAUUUAAUACUAUGUGAUAAUUAUAAUUCACAAAAUCUUUAGAAAUCUGAAAUAGCAUCAAAAUAUCUAUCACAAACCUUCAGAGAUAUUAAAUAACACAAACAUUUACAUGAUUUUUUGCAUGUAUAAUGUUUGCAAAUUUAGCGAGAAUAAAAUUAAGGGGAAAUAUAAUGAGAAAGAAGAAUAUUUUUAAAGUCUUUUCUUUGAUUGUUUACAGAAGUGUAAUUUAAUAUUCAUUUUAAAAAGCUAAAAUUCAUUGUAUCUUUGGAACCAUAAUACCAUUUCUUAGCGCAUGAUUAACUCCGGUCUCUUAGCCAGAGUUCUUAACUCAUGAUUUACUAUUUUUGUUUUACACUUUUCGGCUAAGAGACGGCUCUUAUAUCUCUUAUUUAAGAGACGGUUCUCAGAUUUUCUUAAAUUUUAUGUAAAAAAUCUAAAAAAAGCUAAGAACCGUCUCUUCACCGAAUAUCUCUUAGCCGAAGCUAAAACUCCAGUCAAGAGAUUAUAGUUAAUCAUGGUCUAAUAGCAAUGACAACUGUCACAAAAGAGCAUAAACAUUUUCUAGCUGAGAUUUGGAUUAGUCAACAUGUUUUGGUUAUAGUCAAUGUGGUUUUCUUUUGGUCAAUAGUCAAUAGUCCAUAGUCAAUAGUCAAUGUAGUUAGAUUAGGAAAAAAAAACAAGUAAAUAUAAUUAGAUAUAGGAUGAAAAUCUGAAAAUAAAGUCCAAGUGCAUAUAAUUAUAAAAUUGUCCCCUGUCCAUUUUAAUAAAUUUAUUCAGCUUUAGCUGUAUCCCAAAUUCCAAGAAUGGUAGGAGUGGAUGGUAAUAUUUUGAAAAUUUUCUAGAGUAAAUCCAUUAUUACCAAUUUAUACAUUUUUUUUAUUUCUGGUAUUUCCCUUUCCUUUUUUUUCCCAACUUUAAAUUUAUAAAUUCAAAAUACAAUGUACUAAAACUCCUUUGAAUGAUUUAUUUCACAUUUUACAUAUAUAUCUUUCCAUUAUCUUCUGAAAACCCUCAUUUAUCAACAUCUCUAAAUAAAUCUCUCCCAAACUUAACCCACCAGUAGAAAAGAAAAAAGACGAAGACAAAAAAAAUCCCAUUUUAUUUUGCUGAAUCUAAUGGAUGAGAGAGAAGGAACCAGCAGCAGCAGCAACAGCAACAACAACAUAACCAGUUUUGGUCUGAAUCAACAUGUAGCUCCUCCUCCUCCUAAUAGUGGGGUCUACCAGAUGGGCCCACCACGGUCCGAGAACCCUAACCCUUUUCCGGCAGGACUACCCAACACCAACGCCGCAUCCGCAUCUGCCUCCGCCGUGGCUGCUACAGCUCCUGAGAACGCUGCUUCUCCUUUCAGCUUAACAAUGCCGGUGGGGAAUUCUUCUUCUGAGUUGAAGAUGAAGAAGAGAGGGAGACCGAGAAAGUAUAACCCCGACGGCCCACUAGCCGUGACUCUUUCUCCGAUGCCGAUCUCCUCCUCUGUCCCGUUGACGACCGGGUUUGCUCCUCCGCAACGAGGAGGACGAGGGCAGGGAAGAGGAAGGGAACGCGGUCAAGCACGUGUAGACCCGCCCAGCAACAACAACAGGCUCACGAAUCCUCAGAUGUUCGGGUUCAACAACAGUUCUCCUGUUGUAGGAACUUCAGAAGUUGUCUGUGCAAGUUUUACGCCUCAUGUGCUCACAGUAAACGUGGGCGAGGAUGUGACGAUGAAGAUAAUGACAUUCUCUCAACAAGGCUCUCGUGCUAUCUGCAUUCUUUCAGGAAACGGUGCCGUUUCCAGUGUUACACUUCGUCAAUCUUUUACAUCUGCUGGUACUCUCACUUAUGAGGGUCAUUUUGAGAUUCUUUCUUUGACGGGUUCGUUUAUAACAAGCGAGACUGGAGGAAUCCGAAGCAGAGCUGGAGGGAUGAGUGUGUCUCUUUCAGGACCAGAUGGUCAUGUCUUUGGUGGUGGACUCUCCGGUCUCUUAUUAGCCGCUGGUCCUGUUCAGGUGACGGUAGGGACUUUUGAGGCAGGUAAGGAGGAACCUCAGCAUCAGCAGAUGCAGAAUCUAAGAAGGGAGAGACUCGGGAUCCCCAUGACAACACAAGAUUCUAACAUCUCAUUCGGUGGUGGCUCAGCGGAAGAUCCAAAGGCUAGAUAUGGGCUCAACAAGCCUGUUGUUAUUCAGGCACCACCCGUGUCCGCACCACCUGUGUCCCUUCCCCAUGAGCCAAACACUAACGCGGCCCAAGGUUACUACACAAACAACACUGCUAACCAAAUCAGAGAUCUCUUCACUUCUCUCCCAGGAGAGGAUGAUGAGGAUUUUGAAGGUGAAGAUGAUGAUGAAGAAUUUGGAAGCGACAGCGAAUCUGACACCGAGGUUCCAAACUGAUGAUUGAGUGAGUUAAUAUGACAUUGAUCGUUCUUGAUCUUGACCUCUCACUUAUUAGAGGGUGUAAUCUUUAGGUUGUAGAAUUUCAAAACUUAAAUGUUUGUGCAAACUCUCUCAUUCUUCAUUUCAAAGUCAAGCGACUUUUCUUGGUUCGUCUUUGAGUAUCUAGGCCUGGGCAAAAAAAAAAAGGAACCUAAGAUUUGAACCGGAAUCAAAUCGAAAUAUCCCGAAGUCAGAACAGGACCGAAACCUUCAAAUACCCGAAUGGUUUAUGUAUUUCCAUUUUUGAAAUAA